UUUCGUCGGAUUCUCAACUUCAAGUUCAGCCUCAUCUCUUCCUCCACCCUCACUGCCUCCCUUCCCUCCCUCUUCUCUCCUCUCACUCUCCCCUCCAUUCACCUGGUCGCCAUGUCUAAGGCCACUUUUGCCGCCAUUGCUGCGGCCAGUGCGGCUACUGGUGCCGGUAUCACGGCUCUUUUCUACUCUUCCUCCGCUCCCCGACCCCAGCCGCAACAGCAACAGCAGCAACAAGUUCCUCCUCCUCCUCCCUCCCCCAUCGCUGCUCCCUCUCCCUCCGCCAUUCGACCGCCAGCUCCUCCCUCCCUCGCACCCAAGCCCACCGCCCCCGGUCUCGCUCCCGUCGACCCGACCGGCAUCUACCAAUAUGGCUUCCCCGGCCCCGUGGCCGACACACUACUCUCCGCACCGCUCGCCGGUGCCUACGACCGCCGCACGCGCAACCCCUCCUGGGUGGCCGAGCACAUCACCCCGCAGUCAUUGACCAUGAAGAAUGCCGACCGCAAGAACAGCACCUUUUUCGAGGACACGACAAUCCCUGCCGCCUUCCGCGCCAAGCUGUCCGAUUACUUCCGGUCCGGCUACGACCGCGGCCACCAGGUGCCGGCGGCCGACUGCAAGUGGUCGCAGGACGCGAUGGACGGCACCUUUGCCCUCAGCAACAUGUGCCCCCAGGUCGGCGAGGGCUUCAACCGGGACUACUGGGCCCAUUUUGAGGAGUUCUGCCGCGGGCUGACCAAGAAGUACCCCUCGGUGCGCGUGGUCACCGGCCCCCUCUACCUGCCGCAGCGCGAGGCCGAUGGCAAGUGGCGCGUCUCGUACGAGGUCAUCGGCAACCCGCCCAACGUGGCCGUGCCCACCCACUUCUACAAGGUUAUCUUCGCCGAGGAGGGUCCCGCUGCCGCCGGCAAGGUCGCGCUCGGCGCCUUCGUGCUGCCCAACGCGCGCAUCUCCAACGACAAGCGCUUGAGCGACUUCGAGGUGCCCCUCGAGGCUGUGGAGCGCGCGAGUGGCCUGGAGUUUGCCUCUAAGCUGGAGGCUGGCCGUCGUAAGCGUCUGUGCCAGGAGAUCAAGUGCGAGAUUGUCGUGCGCGAGUUCAACAACGCCUCGAAGCGGUCCUAGGUCGGUGCGUAGUCAGUACGGGUUGUGCUUCUGUUGAAGAGGAGGAAGGUAUCAAAGAACGGCGCGCUUGGUCGUGUACUCUAGAUGUAUUUGGGCAUUAUAUCAGCAUUAUUCCCUCGUCCGCGGUCUUUGUGUCGGACAUGUAUAUGAUUUUGGUUAUCAACAGCAG